AUGACGACUGAGUUUCAAGUGGGAAGCAACGUAGACAUAGACAUAGACGCAGCCGUAGAAGAAGCAGACGUCCGUAGAAAGAGACAGCGAAAGCGGGAGCGCGACAGACAACACCAUCAGCAGCAGCAGAACGUGGAAGAUCAAGUGCGCAACUACAAUGCGGAAGUGCUGGUGGAUCAAGCGCUCAACACUCUCAAGCAGACGUUGCUUCUAGAACUACCGUUGCCAGUGUCAGUACCGUUGUCAGUACCGAUGUCAGUACCGCUACAAACACAACGAGGGCAACACAACACUCCAGACACGGCUAUACAGUACGGAGCAAAUGUGCGAUCUUUCGCCAGUCCAGACCACUUCCACGCUCUGCCUCCCCACGCCCAAACCAACCCUCACCCCCAACAAACGCACAACCGAAGACACAAUCGUGGCAGCAAUGCUGGAAAUGGAAACCAACCUACUACCACUACCACUACCACAUUUACUAGUAAUAAGCACAAGAAGGACAACGAUCACCGUCACGUGUCCGAAUUCAAUGAAAGGCGGUACAAUCACCACGACCGGUACAUGUACGAUUCCAGUAGAGACGAUCCUUACUCGGCUGAUUCCGAAGAAGCCUCCAGAGAACCAUCCGUAAGACUCAUUUCCGCACAAACCAACCAGACACGAAAGACCGCGGGAUUGGUAGAACUUUACGUCAAUCCAAAUCAGGUCAAGCGCAUCUGUGGAUUCAACGUCAUUCACCAUCUCAAAGACAAAACGAAUCGAAAGGUAUUUCGCCAAACCGAAAAGAUUCCACCCUAUCUAUGUCGUCUCGAUGAAGCCGGUCCUUGGACGCGCAUUUCAGAACAAAAACGACAACAGAGUCUGCGUGCACUCAACUUUAUCGUAGAACAAAAGCAAUGGAGACCCGUCAAACGAAUGCCCACUGUCAUUUCCACCAAACAAAACAGCAAACACAUGCCAGGCAAUCUGCGGACACCCUCGUCACGACACUAUUACACACAUCAUCAUCAUCGAUACGAAACACCACCUCUACGGCACAUUUAUCAUCAACGACCGCAGCGCCAGUCAGACGGUGUGUACCCGCCUAUUACACCCCAUUACUACCACAGUACUGGUAGUAAUUCACAUCAGCACCAUCCACACAGUGACUUGACACAGUCCCUACCGGUACCACUCUACUCAAGUCAGUUGUAUCAACCACAACCACCACCACAACAGACCAAUACAUUGCCACCGCCACCACCACAACAACAACCACCACACUCCCAUCAUAAUAAUAUAUUCACCCAACCUACCGCCACCACACAACCAACAACCACCGCAACCGCAACACAGGCAUUCCCCAAUAGCAUUGCCAUUCCAUCCUUGCAAUGGGAUCCACCGCCGCCCAUACUUCUACAAACACCGACAGCUACAGCUACAGCUACAGAUAGUAAUGUGCCAGUCGACACGAAUCCAACUGCAACCAAUGCUUCUCAGCAACCACACCUCUCGCUAAACAACUUCAAUCAAACGACAACGACAACGACAACAACAACUUUGGAUCCACAUAUCACAGAAACAAUAAAGAAUCCCGAGAUGGAGCCAGUCAACGAACAAAAGCAGCAGCAACCCCUACACAAAAAGCAAAGGGCAAACAACAGUAACAACAUCAGCAGCAACAACAGCAACAACAACAAUGACCGAACCACCAAUGUCAAGCACGCAAACCAGCCACCAGCGUACAUGGAUGUAUCUUCUUUGGCGGGAACUUCGAUUGAACCAGGCAUGCCCACCACGGACGAUCCGUCUGGAAUUGUAGUUGUAGUUCGAGACAAGGCUGCCACUAAAUUACAAAGAAAGACGCGGAGUAGUAGGAGAUCCACUGUGGAUGCACCCGAACAGAUCUCGACGAGACGGGCAGCCAAUGAUGCAUCGCCACAACAGCGGUCUCAUCAGUCGUCUCAACGACAACCAUCGCUGGCAUCCCUGUCGUCGCCAAAGCCACACGCAACCAAGCGACAAGCGCCACACACACUGCAGAAUAAAAGGGACGUGGCUGCCAUGUUGGAUGAGAAACAACAACAACAAGGACCGCAGCUACUCACGGACGACGACGAGACACUGCAGUCCAGGCAGCACAACAUUCAUGAACAUUUGCAAGAAGAAGCAAUCAAGGAGGACUGUCACGGGAGGAUCGAUGGACAAGCAUCGGAGCGGGUAUCGGAAGCGUCGUCGUCAUCGUCGGGGCCAUGGAGUGCCUACAUUCGUCUGCAGCAACAAAAGGAACGGGAAGAAAGGGGGAAAUCGGCGCGUCGGCAAGGUUCAGAAGAUAGUUCCGAACAACCAUGGGAAGCCUACAUUCGGCAACAAGAAAUGAUUCAAACAGUCGAAACCAAGGCACGCAAGGGAACCGCAACAGUGGACGGGACAAGCGCUUCCAGUGCCGAUGGGAUCCAACGCAAGAAGCAGGAGGGGGCAUCAUCUCCCUCUCAAAAAGCAAAGCCAACAGCAACACGCCACGCCAAACCUGAAAUGAAGAAACAAAAGUCGAACAAUCUGCUGGAUGAAUAUCACCGGCUGCAGGAAGAACGCGUUGCCAAAGGCAAGUCCGACUCUCCGAGAAUGUCCAGAGCAAAGGCACAGGAGGACCAGUCCGAGCAACCCUCCGAAGAUGUGGUGUCGCAGCAGCCAAGUGAACCAUCCAAGGAACCGCGCCAAAAGUACUCGUCGAAGGAUCACCACAGCAGUCGGGAUCAACUGCGAAAGCCGGGGCCUCCAAAGAGGUCUUCUGCUCACAAGGUGGCACCCCCAGAAGCAAGAAAGUCGUCAACGACGACGAAACACCGUGCGCAUGAAGACGAUGACCCGUCGGAACAGCCCACCGAAAGUACUGUUUCGCACAGGACAUCUGAGUCCCAGCGUCGGCAAAGUGAUGCAAGCAGGAGGCGUUCUUCGACGAGGAAGCAUGGGACACACAGGCACCACCCAACCGACGAGGCAUCAGAACAACCGUCGGAGGACUUGUCACGGUCUCGUCAAAGUGUGCAACGGGCAGUCACCAAACCAAGGCAGGUAGUAGCCAAGAGGCACCCUACGACAUCAACAACAAAGCACGUUAAUUCAAAGGGAGAACGACGAGGGGAACCGCCGACCGUGGAGUCUCCCUUGUCGUCCAAGCCAAGUCCAUGGCGUCACCGCCAGGCCGGAACCGAAUACCCAUCCAAGCCACCGCUCAGCAAUCAGAUAGUUGUCCCACCACUGCCGGAUGUAAUAAUUCUGCGCACUGCGUCGAGUUCGCGCACCGGUAUGGAUCCACCAGGAGUUGAAGGAGAAGAGUUGUUUCAGCAACAUCAGCAACAAAAGCAGUUAUCCGAACGUCAGCAGGAACUUCUGGAAAAGCAGCAACAGUGGCAACUUAGCAUGCUAGAGCGGCAGCAGAGACAACUACAGCGCAUCCAGCAAAAUCAACAAGUCCAGCAGCAACAUGACCAGCAACAGCGACAAAUUCAACAGCAGCUGCAACAGCGGCAACAUCUCCUUCAAGAGCAACAGCUUCAACAACAGAAGAUACAACAGCAACAGUUUGAGCAACAGAGAAUCCAACAGCAGCAACAGCAGCAGCAAUUUGAGCAACAAAGACUCCAACAGCAACAACAGCUUGAACAACAAAGGAUACAGCAGCAACAACAACUUGAGCAGCAAAGGAUCCAACAGCAGCAACUCAAGCAACAACAGCUUCAACAACGUGAACAACAACUGAGGUUGCAGCAGCAGGCGGUGAUGGCUCCAUCUUUGCCUCCUCCGACCCCAGGCGGGACCCGCAAUCUAGACGCGAUGAAGACUCCCGCGACGCACAAGCGCAAGCUGAACAAGUGGGACACAGUUGACCAGCCGGCCCGCAGGCUGUCUCCAGACUGGAAAGACGACGAAGAAACGGAAAAGAAAUCUCUGGCACGAAUUCAAGCCGCAUUGCCGUCCAACCACAGCAACCCAAGCUCAAAGCACUCUGGGGAAUCACUCUCGCAACGCCACGCACCGAAGCCGAGUGCCAAGGAGAAAAAGGAGAUGACGGAGACGAAUCCAAGGGAACAAGGCCAGGCAAUUCUAAUUGCCAUGGCCGCUCCUGCGACGAAGGCGAAGCCAAGGAAGGAUCCUUACAGCAGUGACGACAUCGACAUGGGCGAGUCCACCAGUGCCUUUGCAGACAACGGAUUUGUUGCUUUUGUGAAUAGCAACCAUAGUUCUACAAAGAAGACCGGGCGAGGGGGCACUAGGAGCCCAAUUGCCGCAUCAGAGACACAGCAGGAAAGAUUGGGUAAAAUGUCUCCGCAGGCUACUAAGGUCAAGGCAACCCAGCGCCGCUCAAUUUCUUGGCACGACCGACAGGAACCCAUUGAAGACAGAAAGCCUGCCGCAGAAGAGAAUACAACAGACGAUCUUUUGGCAGUUAUUGCGGCGCCCCUACGAAACAAUGCACGCAGAACAUACAGCGAAGAGGUCAGCAUCAGCUCGGGCUCAGAUGUCAGUUUCGAUUCUGCUACGAGGUCGAUUAGCGAAAACAGUGACAUUCUGAACAGUGUGGAAGGCGAAAGGAGCAACCGAGCGCAACGAACGGCUGGCAGUGCGCCUCCUGAGAUUGGUGCAAUCCGUCUUUUGAACCACAGUGGCGGUUCUACUGAUCUGGUUAGUCCAGUUACUGAAGCCGGGGUUGGACCAUCGAGUGCGAAUGCUGCGACCGUGGACGACAGGCUCCUGCAGGUCAUGGCCGCACCGACAACGCCGCUCAAGCCUUCACUGGCUGGCCAGAGUAUCGAUAUUGAUUCAGGUUCCGAGUUUGAAGUGGGUUCUUACACCGGUUCUUUGAGUGAAAAUGACUCUGAUGCUGGGCCUGCGUGUGGCCCUUCCAAGUCGAAAUCAACACAAGCAGCAUGUUCAUUGAAACAAACAAACGAUUCUACAUUGACGCCAACUCGAGCAAACAAGUCAUCGCCCGAAAGCGGACUGCUUCGAGCCAUUGCUGCACCUACCAUUGCCCUGAAAGUCCAGACAGGCGGUGAUCUGGGGCUUGACUAUGAUUCCGAUUUUGACGUGGGAUCUUUUGAUGGGUCUCUCAGUGAAGGUACCGUUGAUAGUGCUCCGAUUGGAACGGACUCCAUCGCUGCGCAUAAGCCAAAGCAAGAGACUGCUCAAGCGGCGGUGAGAGCCAAACAAGAACCGAAGGAACCUCACCACAGCCAAACUCUUGGGGCCGACAAAGCUACUCCAACCAAGACAAUGCUUGUUGCCGAACCUGCUCAGACGAAGGCAACAGCAAAGCUUUCACCACGAAGUGCAGAAGCAGCACAGACGCAGGAAAACCAGCUUCUAGCAGCUAUCGCCGCCCCGACAAGCGCCCCACCGAAGACGCCAAACAUGGACCUCUAUGAUUCGGAUCCGGACUUCGAUGUUGGAUCGUUCACGGGGUCUUUUAGCGGACACAGUGACAGAAGUAGCAGUCCUCCAAGAGACCCAAGUCCGAAGGCAAUGUCACCCGCUGGGUCACCGGCAAUCAGAAAGAAUGCAAUGGCUGAAACCCAUACCCAGAAAGGUGGCGUGGAGCCAAACAAUGUUCCUGCAAACAACAAGGACAGAAUCUUGCAGGCGAUGGCAACCCCAGCUAAGAAAGAGAAGAAGGGUCGCAAUGCCUUUGAUGACUUGAGUAUCGACAGUGGUUCCAAUAUGGAUCUUGGAUCAAGUGUUGACCUCAGCAGUGACAGCGAACAACCUGUGGUGGUUUCUAGUUUGCCCGAGAAGCAGCCCACGCCAGACGUGGAGCAUUCGCCGAAUCCAGCCAGGAAGGAGUAUGUUCCGAAGCAGAUUCAAUUCGAAAAUGCCGAGGAGAAGAAGACGCACGGCGCAAGAGUACUUCAGGCGAUGGCCUCACCAUUUGCUUGCCGACAACCACAACGGCAGCCAAGUCUUUAUGACUUGGAUGACGAUUCAGAUUUUGACGAGACUGGCAGCGACGCGGAAAUCGGAAGUGAGCCGUCCAAUGAUGCGUCACACGGGAACAAUCCAGGAACUGCCGAUGUUGCCAGCAUUCAAAGUGCAGGCGAGGCAGAGGUUCCAGUGGCUGUGGCAGACCCAACUGAGGCGAAGCCGGAUGACGAUUUGCAUUCUGAUUUGCAUUCUGAUAUCCAUUCUGUUAGCCAGAGAAAAAGAAAGAACGAACCAAGCUACGAUGUCUUGGAAGCCAUGGCAGACCCGACAUCAUUGGAUAAACCUAAGCCUGUGCCAUCUUCUGACGAUGACGUGGAGUCAGAAAUCAGCUUGACAGGCUCUGUUCAUAGUGUCAAGGCCCAGAAGGAAGGCACCAAUAAUAAUGCUAUACUGAAUGCAAUCGCAGCACCAGUCAAACGGACAGCUGAUCCUCUGGAUGACUUGAGUAUCGAUUCUGCGUCUGAUUUCGGUUCUAUUCCCGAUGUCGGCGAUGGAGACGUCCCGGCAUCCUCGCCACCGCCAAUUCAAGAGACUGAAACCAGCAUUUUGCAGCUACGAAGCCCCGUACAGCCUGAAUAUUCCAAGAAGAAACUGACCUUCGCAAACAAGAGCGAGAAAGCAGCCUACAACACAAGUGUGCUCGCAGCCAUGGCAGCUCCAACCGUAAAGCCCGCAGCAGCGCCACAAGCCAGCAAGACUCGAAGUGCCUACGACUUCGACGAGGAUUCCGAUUUCGAAAUCGAUUCUGAUUUCGACGAAAAUUCCAGGGACACCUCAUCUAGUUCCAACAGCCAUAACAGUUGGGAUCGGCAUGGCGAAUCGAACAAACUUGAGAACGACAGUGACGAGAAACUGCAAGGUCACAGCAGAGUUGGACACACUGAACCACAGAACCAAGCUGGAGAGUCGAAUGAUAUUGGAGAAGAAAAGAGCGUCGAUGGAGGCAUGGAACCUGUACAACCCCAAAGGGCCAGUACCUUUGAUCAGCCGAGUUCUGCUGGGGCAUGGUCAGCCUUUGAAUCCGACUUCACUCCAGAGAAAACAGACGAAGCUCUGAAUGCAAACGUUUCCAUUGAAAAGAGCGAAUCGGAGAAUCAGCCAUCUUGGGAUGCAUGGGGCACAGACCCUUUUGCGACUGCUCCAAGUCAAGCCGAGACAGAGAAACACGAGAAGAAAAAUGACCCUGAAAAUAAUCCAUCAUGGGAUGCGUGGACAGAAGAUCCUUUCAUGAAAGCUCAAACGACCAGCAACAAUGACAAGGAAGAAGGCAGGGCCUGGAGCCCUGGACACGACGAACCUUCAAGAGUCGGGAGAGGUGACUCGGCAUCGAAUGGGGAGCCCGAGAACGCGGACGACUUGUCUGGAAAGCACAGUGAUCACAGUGGUCUGCCAUUAGAGCAUCCAGCUCCCGUUCGCCCAAAAGGAGAAUCAGGUUCGCUCCCUUCGAUUGAGGCACUCAAUCCUCCAGCUGGGCUAGCUUAUGCGCCAGGAGCAACUUCUGCAUUUUCCGCAGUUGGAUCGCCAAUCCAAUCCAAAACAGAAGGUUUGAUGAAGCCAGACGCAGACGGUAACACGGACCACGCUGAACAAAACGAGCGACCCAAAGCAAGUAGAUCCACCGGAGGUUCAGAGGAAGAUCCUCGGGCUAAAGCCUAUGCCCUCUUGAAAAAGCUUGAGGACAAAGAGCAAGAUAGUAUUGCUAGUGAUUCAACUCAUUCAAGACACUCGUCACGUCAUUCCUCUGCGCAUUCAAACGGAUCUUAUGCAUCUUCGGUUGUCUCUCCGGCACAUUCAAGACAAUCAUCUAUGCGUUCUAAUUCAACCCACUCUGGAGAUUUGUCACCGCGCAGUGCUCCUGAUGCAAGCAAAAAACAGCUUGUAUCAACUGAGCUAAAUCUCGACUCCAAAGGUGAUCCCUUGAAUGGUCACUCUUCAGUCGGCUCGAGGCAUUCACCAACGCACUCAGACCGAUCACCGCCCCCCUUGAAUGAUGAGCCAGGUGUAUCUCCUGAUGACUCCUCGGCAGAUUCAAUACAGGCAUCAAUGCCUUCAUCGAUUGACUAUAAAUCACCCUCCAGAAAUGAUUCAAAAACAGUGUUAGUCUCAACCCAAUUGAGUUUGAAGCAAAAGUACGGUGCUCCCAUGAAUAAUGAACCGGAGGUAUCUUCUGUUCAUUCUUCAGACAAUUCAAGACAUUCCUCUUUGCACUCUUCGGCUCGCUCCCGAGACCAGUCCCCUGUUGAUGACCAAUCAAGGUCCAGCAGACAUUCUGCACAAUCUGAAAGUGGCCCAGAGACCCCUCCAACAUCCUCAUCUGCAACGAAGCCGCGGUUGAAUUUGAAGGUGUCCCGGCUGAGGGCUGACCCAGCGUCUGAACCUGAGGAGCCGGCAGUUGCAUCUGAAGAGCCAACAUCCAAACCUGGCCCAUACGGCAAAGGAAAGCCCUCUAAGCCACGGUUGACUCUGAAGAUGACUCGAAUUGGAGGCCCUGAACAGAAGACAGAGGUGAUCACAACGAAGCCAAGUGCUCCAUCACCAAGCAACAAUGAUUCAUCUGGAUCUGAAAAUUCAUCAAGAGCAGAGGAUGAUGGCAGUGGACAACGAUCACCAUCAUUUGAUGAAGGAUCCAACUCAGGAACAGAUGGUGAACACAGCCCCGCACCUUCUACAUCUUCAAAGCCAAGGUUGACUUUGAAGAUGACUCGCAUUGGAGGUCCUCAACAAACCACAGAGGUUAUUUCAAGGAGACAGUCUUCAUCACCAAUGCAAAAUUCACCAUCACAAAGCAGCAGGGGCUAUUCAGGAUCUGACCAUUCAUCUAGAGCUGGUUCUGGUAUUGAUGAUGAUGAUGGCAGUGGACAACGAUCACCAUCAUUUGAUGAAGGAUCCAACUCAGGAACAGACGGUGAACACAGCCCCGCACCUUCUACAUCUUCAAAGCCAAGGUUGACUUUGAAGAUGACUCGCAUUGGAGGUCCUGAACCAAAGACAGAGGUUAUUCCAAGGAGACAGUCUUCAUCACCAAAGCAAUGUUCACCAUCACAAAGCAGCAGAGGCUAUUCAGAAUCUGACCAUUCAUCCAGAGCUGGUUCUGGUACUGAUGAUGAUGAUGGCAGUGGACAACGAUCGCCAUCAUUUGAUGAAGGAUCCAACUCAGGAACAGACGGUGAACACAGCCCCACACCUUCUCCAUCGUCAAAGCCAAGGUUGACUUUGAAAAUGACUCGCAUUGGAGGUCCUGAACAAAGACAGAGAGCUGGUUCUGGUACUGAUGAUGAUGAUGGCAGUGGACAACGAUCGCCAUCAUUUGAUGAAGGAUCCAACUCAGGAACAGACGGUGAACACAGCCCCACACCUUCUCCAUCGUCAAAGCCAAGGUUGACUUUGAAAAUGACUCGCAUUGGAGGUCCUGAACGAAAGACAGAGGUUAUUUCAAGGAGACAGUCUUCGUCACCAAAGCAACGUUCACCAUCACAAAGCAGCAAAUGCUAUUCAGCAUCUGACCAUUCAUCCAGAGCUGGUUCUGGUAUUGAUGAUGAUGGCAGUGAUGGUGAGGACAUGCUUUCCCCUGCAGAACAAUCGCGAUCGGCGAGUCUAGACGAAGGUUCAGCUUCCGAGGACGGGUUCUCUGGUUCAGAUGCUAGCGAUCACAGCGGAAGAUCAUCUCCGUCGCCGUCGCCUCCGCCAAGCAAACCACGUCUCAAUUUGAAAAUGACACGUGUUGGAGCCCCUGCCACCGAAACGGUGGACUUAUCCAGAAAAGAUCUCGAAAAUGCACCAAACGAAUCGCACAGUGAUUUUUCGGCAGGUUCUAUCUCGGAUGGGGGUUCUGAUUUUUCAGGGAAUCUUUCCGCAUCAGAGAGGUCGAAUGUCUCAGGCGGAGGCUCCUUUGACUCUGGCGGCGACUCUGAUGUGUCUGGUGAUGUCUCUGAUGGGGGCGGCGGCGGCUCCACUGUAUCAGGUGAUUUUUCGGAUGGAGCCAGCAGGUCUGAUAGGUCAGGUGGUGUUUCGGAUGGGGGUUCGUAUGCUUCCAAGAGAUCUCGCUCUGUGUCCGAAGAAGGCAGCCCAGCGCUCUCUCCAUCUGGCAAACCACGGCUGAACGCCACGAUGAGCCGUAUUGGAGGAGGGAGCGAACAAGACGAGCAUGGGGGAGAAAAGUCCCAGCUGCGACGCAUGAUAUCCCAUGACCAAAAUUCUAAGAAAAGCGGAAGCGUUGCGAGUAGCAGCAUUAGUGAUGUCAGCGAAGGUGUGAAAAGUACUGGGUCGAGGCUAUCGGUUGCAUUCGCUAAAGGCGUCAUUGCGGACAUUGGGAAGACCUUUAUGUCCGAAACAGGACCAAUGGUAUCAGAGGGUUUCGAGGACUACAACGCUGCCAACCACGCCAUAGAAAACUUCAAGCAUUUCAAGGAGCAGCCUGGGCUGAAGCAAGCUAUCCUCUCGUUGGUCGCAACAGUGCUGAUGUCUCUUGAAGAAAAGGAUGUUCUGGAUGAGAUUUUUCAUGCCAUCGAUCGCGACAACGACGGAAAGCUGUCCCGAGAAGAUUUCCGUUACGGAAUGCAAGAGUUCUGUGGCGUUGAUUGUGUCAGCGAGAAUGAGCUACGCAAACUGUUUUGGAGGCUCGGUCAUCACGCUGACGACCUGGCAGAGUUUGUGGAGUAUUCAGAGUUCAUCAUUGGAGCUUGUGACAAGUCGAACAUGCUCAGCGGUGAAGCACUGCAGCAGGCGUUUUCAGCGCUUGAUGUCGACAAGGAUGGUUUCAUUUCAGCUGACGAACUGAAGGGAAUCCUUCCGAACAGCGGCGACAUGAUCCAAAAGAUUAUUGCUAGAGUUGAUUUGGACGGUGACGGAAUGUUGUCCUUCGGGGAGUUUUUGUCCAUGGUGUUCAAGAGUGCUCGUGUCCAAGCUAACACUAAGGAACAUGAGUGGAGGAAAGUAGUCCAAGACCCCGAUCCUGUGAAUACCUCUCAACCGUCUCUGGCUCCGAAGCCGAAGCAAGAACGAGAAUGGAAGUACAAGACAGCACCCAAUCGCCCCUCGUAUGCUGGUGACGAGCAACUAGCUCCAAAGAAGCAAUCGAAGGCUCUUGUGAGCGAACUCAAAGGCAAAAUUCCACGAAUCGGCGGCCCCAGUGAAGAUGACGACGGCGAAUAUGGCUAUGGGACUAUCCCUGAAAUGGGGCAUUCUGAGAACAGUGACAGCGAUGAUAGCCGAUACAUGAACCCUGUACAAAUGCCUGGGAAUGUGAUGGAUCAAUUGAAGCAGGCCCAAUCCAAUCUUGCCGACACUUUACAUCAUGUUACAGAAGAGGAAAUGCAGAGGAAGAGAGAAAUUGAAAAACCAUUAAUUGAUGAGUUGAAGGGUGCCCUGGUGGACUUGAAAGACCACUUGCGCCAUGUGACUGAAGAAGAGAAAGAACGCCCUGCAAUUCCUGACCGUCCCUACAUUACAGAGUUGAGGCAUGCUCAAGCAACUGUUUUGAAGGAGUGGAGCACCGAAAACUACCAGUACUGGAUCUAG